AUGGGUCUCCUCCAGGAAUUGAACAUCAAGCCCGGUGUCAUCUACGGCGAUGAUGUCCUCAAGCUGUUCACCUAUGCCAGGGCCAAGGGCUUCGCCAUCCCCGCCAUCAACAUCACCUCCAGCUCCACCGUCAUCGCCGCUCUCGAGGCCGCCAAGGAGAGCCAGGCUCCCAUCAUCCUCCAGGCUUCGCAAGGUGGUGCUGCCUUCUUUGCUGGCAAGAGCAUCGCCAACUCCGCCGACAAGCAGGAGGCUUCCGUUGCUGGUGCCAUUGCUGCUGCCCACUUCAUCCGCUCCAUCGCUCCCGUCUAUGGCGUCCCCGUCAUCCUCCACACCGACCACUGCGCCAAGAAGCUCCUUCCUUGGCUCGAUGGCAUGAUUGAUGAGGGAGCACGGCACCCCCUCUUCAGCAGCCACAUGAUCGACCUUUCCGAGGAGGAGGUUCAGUGGAACAUUGACACCACCGCCAAGUACCUCAAGCGUGUUGCCCCCAUGAAGCAGUGGCUCGAGAUGGAAAUCGGCAUCACCGGUGGUGAGGAGGACGGUGUUAACAACGAAGAUGUUGACAACAACUCUCUCUACACCCAGCCCGAGGAUAUCUGGAAGGUCCACUCCACCCUUGCCGCCAUCUCCCCUACUUCUCCAUCGCUGCCGGCUUCGGUAACGUUCACGGUGUCUACAAGCCCGGUAACGUCAAGCUCCACCCCGAGCUGUAAUCUCGGCAAGCACCAGGCCUACGUCAAGGAGCAGCUCGGCAGCAAGGACGACAAGCCCACUUUCUUCGUCUUCCACGGCGGCUCCGGCUCUGCCGUUGAGGAGUUCCAGUCCGCCAUCUCUCACGGUGUUGUCAAGGUCAACAUCGACACCGACACCCAGUGGGCCUACCUCAUCGGUGUCCGUGACUACGUCACCAAGAACAUCGACUACCUCAAGACCCAGGUCGGCAACCCCGAGGGAGAGGACAAGCCCAACAAGAAGAAGUACGACCCUCGUGUCUGGGUCCGCGAAGGUGAGAAGACCAUGAAGGAUCGCGUCAAGGAAGCCCUCAACAACUUCUUCGCUGUCAAUGUUUUGUAA